AUGUUGGGUUGCAUCCUUCAGCUGCUGGCAUACCACCGAUCUGUGAUAGGGACGGCUGUGAUAAACACGAACACGUUCGACCUGCCGUUUUGGCCGGAGGCAGUAGGAGCCGGAAAUGGCGAUCACACGAUCGCAGGAUUUCCGGACCAGCCGGCGGCCAUCGAGCUGCACGACAGGAUUUCCCCUACGUUUCACUGUCCCCGGACAAAGCGCGAGCUGUCAUCGUCGGCCGUGGCGGGGACCGCUGGUCGACCCCGGCACCGGGAGCGGCUGACGGUGCAGUACGGGAUGCGGGGCGAAACGAUGACACUGGACCUGGCGCUCAACGAGAACCUCAUCCCGGCCGACGGCUCGUACCGGUUCGUGGAGCAAACGGCCGACGGGCGCGAUCUGGUACGCCAGCUAGGGCGGGACGAGGUGGAACUGUGUCACUACGAGGGAACGGUCCGCGAGCGGCCCGGUUCGCGGGUGGCCAUCUCCACCUGCGGCGGCACGAUCGACGGUGUGAUCUACGAGCCGGACGAAACGUUCCUCAUCCAGUACCACAACGAUACGCACCUCCUGUACCGCCGACGGCCAAAGCGCGGGACAGAGGAUGCUGGCCACCCGACGAUGGAGCUGGGACAGGACGGGGAGGACGGCAAGCGACAGGAGCAGGAGCGGGUGCCGGCCGACGGAAAGCUCGCGUUCAGCACCGGCUACCGGGAGGACGCGGAAUCGCUGUUCGUCGAGUUGGCGCUCGUCGUCGACCGGACGCUGUUCCUGAAGUUUGGCUCGAACGUGCAGCGAGUCCACCGGCACUGCCUGUCGGUGGUGAACGUGCUGAACGAGCUGUACCGGCCACUGAACGUGUACGUGUUGCUGGUCGGGGUGGUCCUGUGGAACACCCGGGACAACAUUGUGUUGUCGCGCGAUUCGAAGCAGACACUGAGCAGCUUCCUGGCGUACCGACGGGACACGCUGCUGCGGCAGGUUCCGAACGAUGCCGCACACCUCCUGACGGCCGUUCGCUUCCAGGACGGGGUCGUCGGGAAGGCGGAACUGGGCUCGAUGUGCUCGACGGGCGGAUCGGGUGGGAUUGCCGUGGUGGAGAACUUUGUCGUGGCACCGCUCGCGACGACGCUGGCCCACGAGCUGGGUCACAACUUCAACAUUGACCACGAUUCGGACGAGUGUGGAGCGGAUGGCGCCGGUGGUAGUCGGUGCCCGGGACCAGGACCCUGCAUUAUGGAGGCCAGAUUGCGCGACUCGAUCGACGUGCCGAGCCGGUGGAGCGAGUGUAGCCGGGCGGACCUACGUGACUCGCUGGCACGCGGGCUGGGCGCCUGUUUGCGCAACAAACCCGCCCGGCUACUGGUGCGGGCCGUCUGUGGCAACGGGCUACUGGAACCGGGGGAGCAGUGUGACUGCGGGCAUCCGGAUCGGUGUGACAGUGAGUGCUGCGAUGCCGGAACCUGUCGGCUGCGGGCGAACGCGACGUGCGCGACGGGGCCAUGCUGUGACCCGGGCACGUGUCAUCCGCGACCCGCCGGAACCGAGUGUCGAUCGGCAGCCGGAGAGUGCGAUCUGCCGGAGUACUGUGACGGGCAGGGGGAACUCUGUCCGGCCGAUGUGUUCCGGCGUGACACGAGCCCCUGUGCCGGUGGGGAAGCGUACUGCUUCCGGGGUCGGUGCAAUACCCGCGAUCGCCAGUGCCGGUUGCUGUGGGGCGAGACGGGGCGCUCGGGGCCCGAGGUGUGCUACCAGAGUAAUGCCAACGGGACCAUCUUCGGCAACUGCGGCAACGAGCUGGUGGCGGAACGGUACGAGCGAUGCGCGGAACACGAUCUUCAGUGCGGGUUGCUGCACUGUACGCAUCAGAACGAGAAGCUCGAGUACGGCGUGGAGGCGUACGCGAAGCGGACCGCCACGCGGUACGAGCAGUGGGGACCGCGGGGUACCAAGCGGCACAUCGUGUGCCACGCGGCCAUCGUCGAUCUCGGGCUGGACGUACGCAACCCCGGCCUGGUGCCGGACGGGACGCGCUGUGGGGCGGGCAAGAUGUGCCAUCAGCAGCGGUGCGUGGCCAUCAGCGCGCUGCAGGAACGGGACAUCGGGGACUCGUGCCCCGGCAACUGCAGUGGCCACGGGGUGUGCAACAGCGAAGGCCACUGUCACUGCGAUCCUGGCUUUGCGCCGCCAUUUUGUGACCGACCGGGAGAGGGCGGUUCGAUCGACAGUGGACCGAUCGGUCGCGGAGGUCGCCCGCUGUCCUUGGACUCGCUGGUGGUGGUGCUCGUUUCCGGCGCCACCAUCGGUGGGCUGGUGAUUGUCAGUUUGCUGGUGUUCCUGACGGCACGCCCGUUCCUGAUGACGCACGUGCGGCUCGCGCUCAAACGCUUCCGGGAGCGCAAGUACGGCCACAUCGUACCACCGGCCUCCCCGACCACCGGGCUCCUGGCGCCGCUGGCGGUGCCAAAGGACUCGCCCCACAAACGCCCGAUGGUGGCUCCCCCUCCGCCACCUCCACCACCACCGCCACCACCACCGAAGCCACCUGCAUCACAGAGCUUCAUCAACGUCAACAUCAGCACGGACGGUAAGGUGACGAUCGAGAACAAGCGCAUCCACGCACCGUUCCUCCUGCACCAGCCGAGCGUCGUCGACCGGCACGAGGCGUUCCGGCUGAAGUACAGCUUGGAGGGAGUGGCUGCAGCACCGGACCAUCCGCUCGUUACGGCGGAAAUGCACCCGAGCACGGCCACAAGUCCGGUGCACGAGCUGCGACAAAUCGAUCGCAUGCAAUCCUACCACAGCCAGCGGUCCAGGAGUGACGAGAGGCCGGCGGCCAACCGGAUGCUGCCCAAGCUGCCACGGCAGCACACGGUCGGAGAUUUUGAUGCGAUCGAGCGACUACCGGAACCAGAGGACCGGAACCCGACCGUCGACAAGCGACGCCAGCGGGGAGCAGGACUCCGACCGCAGGCGAAACCGGUCGCAGUGCCGAGACCGCUACCGAGGGUGCUGGGUGCCCCGUCAGUCGGGACGGCCCCCUCCCCACCACGGCUACUUCCGGCCACACCAACUCCAACGCGGACGACGAACGCGGAACGGCCCGUCAUGGGAGCGAACGUGGCCGCGCUCCGGGCAAAGUUGAAUCUCGCCGAAAUUGGCAGCAAACGAUAG